GUAGCGUACAUUGACUAGGAAUAGUGAAAAAGGUAAAGUUUUACUCUUUAUUAAGCACCACAACAACCCAAUUAUGUCAGUUUUCUCACCAUAGACAAAGCUGAGAAUUUGGCUGUUAGUCUUUAACAAUAUUCUUCAACAAUGUCUCAUGCUUCUUUUUCCAAAGUUUGCAAGUAUGAUGUCUUUUUGAGUUUUAGAGGUGAAGAUACACGUAGAACCAUUGUGAGUCAUCUUUAUAAUGCUCUGGAACAAAGAGGAAUCCACACUUUCAAAGAUGAUGAGCGGUUAGAAACGGGAAAAUCAAUUUCUAGUGAACUUUUAAAAGCCAUAGAGGAGGCUAGAUUCGCGGUCGUGAUAUUUUCCAAUAAAUAUGCAUCCUCAAGAUGGUGCUUAGAGGAGCUUGCACACAUCAUAAAGUGCAAAAAUGAAUUGGAGCAGAUUGUGAUUCCAGUCUUCUAUGAUGUCAGUCCAUCAGAUGUGCGCCAUCAAAAUCCCCCUUUCGCUAAAUCCUUUUCCAAGCACGAGAAAAAGUACAAAGAUGAUUUGGAGAAGGUUCAAAGAUGGAGGGAUGCAUUUGCGGAGGCAGGGAAAAUAUCAGGGUAUCAUUUAAAAAAUUUCAAGGAUGAGGCAGAUUGCAUCAAGAAGCUAGUUGAUGACAUAUUUCCUAAGUCGCUUCAAGUUAUUUCACCUUUCCCCGAAAGCUUAGUGGGUAUGAAAUCUCAGGUUGAGAAAGUAACCUCAUUAUUAGAUAUGGAAUCAAAUGAUGUUCGCUCUAUUGGGAUUUGGGGUAUGGGCGGCAUAGGCAAGACAGAAAUUGCAAGAGUUCUAUAUCAAAGAUACCGUCAUCGAUUUGAAGCUGCUUGUUUUCUUGGUGUUGGAACGUUGUAUAAGACAAAUGGACUAACAUGGCUUGUACAAGUCGUCAUUUGCAAGCUCUUGGGUGAAAAUAUGACUCUAACUAGCGAACACGAAGGGGUGAUUAUUUUAGAGAAUAUGCUUCGUAGGAAGAAAGUUUUGUUCAUUCUCGAUGAUGUAAACCAUCGAGAACAGCUGGAAUUUUUGGUUGGAGGGACAGAGUGGUUUGGUAGGGGUAGCAAAAUUAUUUUAACAGCAAGAGACAAACAGUUGUUGAUCAGUCAUGUUGGGGAUAACGUGUAUGAAGUCCAACUAUUAACUGAGGAUGAAGCUCUUGAAUUGUUCAGUAGGCAUGCUUUUAGAGAAAAAUCACCAAAGAAAGAUUUUAUGGAACUUUCAAGAGAAGUGGUGAAGUAUGCUGGUGGACUCCCUUUAGCUCUUAAAGUUUUGGGUUCUUCUUUUUACAAACGAGACAAAAAGCAGUGGAGAGAAAUAAUUGAUCGUCUGAAGAGAAUCCCUCACAAUGAUAUUCUAGGAAAGCUGAGGCUUAGUUUUGACGGACUGGACAAAGAUGAGAAGGAACUAUUUCUAGAUAUUGCAUUUCUAGAUAAAGCAGGCUUACCUACAUAUAAUUUUGACUUUUAUGUCAAACUAGUAACUAAGAGUCGUGGUUUACAACUGAUAGGAAUAGAUUACCUUAUCGAAAAAUCUCUGUUAUCCAUCAACAUACAUAAUCGUUUCGUGAUGCAUAAUAUGAUAAGAGAUAUGGGUGCAAAUGUCAUAAGGGAAGAGUACGCUAACAACAGAAUAUGGCUUCCCGAGGAGGUUCGUGACCUUUUUAAAGGAAAGUUGGGUUAUCCUUCAAUUUCAUUGCUAGAGAACUUUGAACCAUCACAGCUGGUUGUGCUUUGUUUAAGAGAAAGUUGUCUUGUCGAACUUUGGCCAAUAUCAAAGAAAUUGAGCAACUUGAAGCAUUUGGAUCUAAGCGAGAGCGUUGGGUUAACAAAAACCCCUAAUUUUGGUGAUAUGCCAAACUUGGAGACACUAAAUUUAUGGGUAAUGCUUACAAAAUUGAAUUUGAGUGAUUGUGGCAAACUUAAGAAGCUUCCAGAAUUGAGAUUGAGCAAUUUGAAGCAUUUGGAUCUAAGCGGGUGCGGUGGGUUAACAGAAACCCCUAAUUUUGGUGAUAUGCCAAACUUGGAGACACUAAAUUUAUGGGGUAGAUUGAGCAAUUUGAAGCAUUUGAAUCUAAGCGAGUGCGGUGGGUUAACAGAAACCCCUAAUUUUGGUGAUAUGCCAAACUUGGAGACACUAAUGUUAAAUGGCUGUGAGAAUUUAGAAGAGAAACAUUAUGUUUUAUAUUGUAUGCAUAGCUUAAAGAGACUGACCAUAAAAUCUACUGGGAUAAGAGAAAUUCCUUCAUCCAUUGGGAAUCUGAGCGGCCUCACUGAGCUCAAUCUGGAAGGUUGUGAAGAUCUCGUAAGUCUACCAAACAACCUCUGUAAUUUGAAGAAUCUUCAAUGUCUUUUUCUUCAUGGCUGCAAAAAGCUAGAGAAGCUUCCAGAAAACAUUGGUGAAUUGCAAGAGUUAGAGACACUUGAUGCAAGAGAAACUGCAAUCUCCCAACCACCUCCGUCCAUCACCAAGCUUGGCAAACUUAGUAAUCUCAAUAUUUUGGGUGGACUUCCUGAGGAUUUAGGAUCUUUACAAUCUUUGAAAAGUUUGGAUGUUAGUGGAAGCAAUAUUUCUUGCUUACCCAAAAGCAUCAAAGAACUCUUAGGGCUUAAAACCUUGGACGUUCAAUUCUGUCAGAAUCUUAAUGAAUUGCCAGAAGAGCUACCCCCAAAUUUGGAGAAGCUAUGUGCAGAUUAUCAUUUAGCCUUGAAGAGCAUCAGAGAUCUAGUAAUUAAGUGUCUUAAGUUGCGUUUUCUCUCAAUAUCAUGGUGUGGUCAUGAAAAAUCCGAAUACGGAACUGUCUCAAGUGAACAAGUUAAUGUGUGGAAGUCCUCACAACAUUUAAUUAGGACAUGCAUCCAGUGUGACUACCACCAAAGGGAUUAUUUUCUCAUUUGUUUUCCCGAAGUGAGAAUUCCAGAGUUGUUCAAUUAUCAGUUUAUAAAUCAAAAUGUGAUCUCAAUUGAUCUGAACCCAUCUUGGUAUACCGAUAAAUUCAUGGGUUUUUCGAUAUGUUGUGUUCCUAAUAGCAAGCAUUUGGCAGUAGUAGCUACAUUGGUCUGCAAAUCUGACCCUGAAAGAAAACAUUCCUUGAAGUAUAGGAUCCAAAAUUAUUGUUCCGCGGAUCCUGUCAUGUGUUUCGUCUACAUACCAUUUGAAACAUUGUGGCAUGCUUUUGACAAUAAAGAAGGGAAGAACCCAAAUGAUUAUUACCUGUUUGAGGUAUCUUCAGACAGACAGGAAGCAUAUUGGGGAAUUCGCCUGGAGUAUGAGAAUAAAGAUUCUGCAGUGACAACUGAAAUUGGCUGCUCUAUGGUACUUGAGCAACCAGACCCAUCACUCAAUUCUAGUUCGCGGGCGUAUGCUGAGCAUAACAUUGCAACAGACAGGGGACUACAUUUGGGCAAUGAGAAUAAAGAUGUAGAGGUGGAUCAAACAGCAAUGGCAGUUCAAAAGGAACAUGAAUCUCAAAAUGUUGAGCUGACUAGAGUUUGUGAUAGCCCAUCAAGGAAAAUGGGCGAUGCUUCAAGAAAGAGAAAGAGAAAAAGAAAGAGAAAUAGAAACAAAAAGAGAAAGAUAGCAGGGACAGAUGAGACUAGCUGCUCUUAUUUCACCAACAAGCACGCAUGAUUUUGAUUGGAUCUUGAGAAACCUCUUCCUUUGCUAGCAUAAACGUGUCACUGAAAGGAGAAAAUCGAGGAAGCAUCUAUCCAAUCAGAUAUUCAAAACAAAGAAGACAUAAUGAUCAAAGCCAAGUGCGUGGAGCUAUGCCUCUCCAGUGUCUCUUUCAGUAUAGCUAAACACAAGGUACCUGGUGAUAUCAUUCUCAGAUGGGCUAUUCCAUUUAUGGUCUAAGUACCAUUGCUUGUCCUACUGCAAAGCCCCAAACUCUUUCCAGUUCCGCGCGAGGAGAUGUAGUCACAAACUGAAAUUGGCUGCUCCAUGGUAUUUGAGCAACUAGAGCCAUCAUGCACUUCUAGUUCGCAGGCGUCUGCUGAGCAUAAUUGCAACAUACAAGGACUACAUUCGGGUUACGAGAAUGAAGAUGUAGAGGUGGAUCAAGCAGCAAUGGUUUUGUUUUGCAUCAAGUAUCAGUCGUGUGGGCUCCUGGAGGAAAAAAAAAAAAGAAGAGAAAGUGAAUAUUUUAGAUGAUAAAAGCAAUGGUCUGGGGUGGCUACUUGAAAUAAACGAUAUGACUUCACAUCUGGAAAUUCUGAAGCCUGAAAGGAAAAAGCCAUAGAAGCGUGCCAAUGGGAUAUUCUGGAUUCUACUUCUUAACCUUGGAUUUUAUGUAGCAGAUCAUGUCUUCCAGGUUCUGAAAUUGUUUUCCCUCCUCGUUGCAGCUUUCAUUUUAUAUCUUUAAUGUGAUGGAAUGAAGAUAAUCGGCACAACAAAUAUAUAUGACCCUUCAGUAGAGAAAGUGGUGCACUAUGGUUUUGCUUUUCUCCACAGCAAAUGAUACGGAUAAUUGUUCCCAACAUUUCGAGAUGCUGCAAAACUUUUCAAGGGAAAGGUUAUUGGAUAUAUAGAAGAAGAUGAUUGGAAGAAAUUUAGAUUUGACGGGACAUUACACUCGAGAAGAUUAAAGGCAUUUGGAGAGAAUUUUCUGGAAAACAAGCUUAAACCUUUCUUUAAAUCAGAUUCGAUUCCUGAGACAUAUGAUGCUGAUGUGAAAGUCGUGGUUGAGAACAAUUUUGAUGAAAUCGUUCCAAAUGAGUCAAAAGACGAGCUUCUUGAGGUAUGUUCAAGAAAUGAAAUUUUUGUCCAUUGGUUUUUGUAAUCAACUGCGGGAU